CUCAACACCACGCCCAUGUCCUGCCACGCCCCCACGCGUCCAUCGGUGACUCGGGGAUCGCUCCGUGCCUCGCUCGCUCGCGGAUUCGGCGCUCGGUCGCACCGCCUGCGCAGCGCCGUCAUGGCGGCCCCCGGGGUGGAAGCGCGGGCGCUGUUCGCGGAGGGGGUGCGGGCCGUGCUGGGGGGGUGGGCGGCGCUGCAGCUGGCGGUGGCGCAGGGCUUCGGAGGCCCGCAGAGUUCCGAGAAGGCCGCGUGGCUCAGCUCGGCGCUGCUCGACUUCUUCACGCAGAACGCUGACCUGGAGCAGGAGGAGGUGGAGGAUUUCCUGGCCGAGGUGAUGGACAAUGAGUUCGACACGGUGGUGGAGGAUGGCAGCCUGCAGCAGGUGAGCCAGGAGCUGGUGACCCUUUUUGCCCGGGCGCGAGGCGGGGAUGUUGUGGGGAUGGGGGCGGCCCUGGGGGCUCUGGCCCAGCGUGGCCCCGCCCUGGCCGCCGCCCUGGCCACCGCCCGCCCAGGGGGAGACCCCCAGAGCCCCCCCAGGACCCCCCCCACAGCCCCCCGGAGCCCCCCGGAGCGAGGGGAGGAGGAGGAAGAGGAGGAGAGCAGCGAGGAAGAGGAGGAGGCCAUGGAGUGUGGGACACCCCCGCCCCCCUCGGACGGCUGGACCGUGGUGCAGCGGCGGCGGCGGCGAUGAUGGGGGGAGGGGUGUCCGGUGUGUCCCCCCCCAGCUUGGGGGACACCCCUCCCCCACCCUGCUCCCCAAACUGGGGGGGAAUAAAGGCCCCUCCCCCCAUGGGGGUGUGGGAA